AUGAACAUCAGAAGUAGUGGUGAUGGCAAGACCCUUCCCGAAUCAGCUGCCUCGAACACGUCUGCUACAGCACUUCCACCUGCACACAGCAGCAAUGCGGGCGCCAUCGCCGGUUCCGUCGUUGGAGGCCUUGUUGCUGGGCUCCUCGUCGGCGCGUUGAUUGCCUUUCUCCUUCUCCGCCACCGAUUCCACCGUCAAUUGGAGUCUCUGCACCAGGGUUGGUAUGCGGACAAGGUUAAUCAGGAACAGGAGGUGGUCCAACCUGCCACUCUCAUGUAUACCGACCCGAGCCAGAGCAAGCAGCUCCAAGAUGCCAAGGCUCGUAUCAAGGCGCUGGAACGGGAACGUAACGCUGCCAGUGCCUUUGGAGAUACACUCGAUGCAAGGUCCGAACAAGAGCUCCUCUCGGCGCCUGCUUUCGGCCUCGACGUGUACAACGAGAUCGUCAACCAGGUAGCCAUGUCGCUCGCCGUCAACUCAUCGGGACACGGCACACCAGGAUGCGGCAGCCUGCCUCGCGGGCUGGGCGAGUGCAUCGAGCUGCUCAGAGCGAGGGGCUCCCACACAGCACGGGACAAUUUCGAGGCGAGUGCUUCUCCAAACAUCAUUUAUGAGACGGUCUGCAAGCCCUUCUGCUUUGGGGUUCCUGAGGAGCCAUUCAAUGAGCUGUCGGACCAGAUCACCAAUAGCUUCGACCAGGCUAUGGCAGCCCGCUGGCGCUCCAUGACCCAUACCGCACUCCGCAACUCGGCCCCAGCCCUGAAGUCAAUCGCCACAGUCCACCAGACGCUCACUACCACGCUCGGCGAUGCGCUUCUGUGGACUGGAAUGGAGACAGACGCCAAGACCGCCCUGGAAGUAGUGUCGAAGGCCAGUGCACGUCUGCAGGAUGCGCUUCAGAUGAUGGUGCAGCUCAUGACAGUCAUCGCCGAGGAAAUGGCAACGGCAAACUACUACAUCGAAAUCUUCAGCCCUGUCAGCGGCAGUCUCUCCCCUACCCUUGGCCUGUCUGCCAGUGUGGGAAGCACUGGCACAGCUCGUGUUGUUCGUGCUGCUUCGUUGUAG